CAUGAUCACAGCUCAGAACUCUCUCACAUCAAGAUCGACUUUACACCAUCUUCAAUUCAGAAACACUUACAGGGCAAGGACGUAGUAAUUUGUAUCUUCAGCGGCUCGGACCUUCGUCUAUCCCCCGUGGUUGUUGAUGCGGCCAUCUCGGCUAGGAUCAAGCUAUUUAUACCCUCAGAGUUCGGCCUCGACACUUCAAGUCCGAAAAUCAGAGAGCUCUUACCUCCAUACCAGACAAGGUUCGAGGUCCAAGAACAGCUGAGAAACAGUUCUUUGAAAUGGAAGGCGAUCUAUUCUGGGAUCAUGCUCGAAGAUGGUCUGAAAACUGGUGGUGUGCUGGGCAUCGAUGUCAUGUGGGGCAGCGUUGUAGUCUUUCCUGGUGCUGCUUCUUUGAAGGUGGCUUUAUCGACUUAUGAAGACGUCGCGAGCGAGAUUAUCAGUGCUUUGACUGCGAAGGAUGCUGCCGAUACGACUGGGAGAUACACAAGCACAUUCACGGCAACUCUUGACGACUUGAUCCAAAUCGUCGAGAAACAGCUUGAUAGAAAGCUGGAUAGAUAUGAGGGAAACAUUGAGGGGGCUCGGAAGGAGGCUGCAGAGAGAAUGAAGAUGGGAUACUUUGACGGCGGCGUUGCCUUAAUGGGAAGAAUUGCUGUCUGGGGACCUGAGACAGGGGCUUGGGAGAAGUGGGCAAAGAAUGAGAAUCCUCAGGAUUGGCAGCAAACAGUUGGGAAGAUGGCACAAUUGGUGAGGGACGGAGAUAUUGGUGGCGACGGGUGUGGAUGUUGA